UUCCAGUUCUUUGGCAACACCUGUUACAAAAAAGAAAAAUGGAUUCAACCUGUUCAUUUGUUGCGUGUUUUAUUUGCUUUGCAUGGGCUAUAAUUCUUGAUAUAGCUAAGUUUUUUGUCGCUGGUCCAUAUAUUCAUGAUGAUAAUGCUGAAACUAUAUGCAGAGAUUCUACUAAUAUCCCAACUUACCUUUUUGUGAGCUCCAAACUUCCAUGGGCGUUGAAAAAAUUGAAUGAUUAUUGCGAAGGCAAUGGGCAAGUGGUGUUUGUGUGCUGUGCCUCUGCAUACGUCUUCUUUUACUUUAUUUGGCUCAUUCUCGGUGGCGCCUGGAUCUACCCAUACGUUAAACCAGUAAUUGUCGAAGGACAUGAUCAAAACUGCGAUGCAAGUUUUCUGAUGUUUGCCGUCUUUGCAGUAACAAGUGAUAUUGUGCUAACUAUAAUUUUAAUAUGUUUUCUCAUAGCCUACGCAAAUGCAAAGUGAUACUUUUCUGUGUUUGCCUGCUAGACUUUUCUUCAGAUACACAUACAUAACGUAUAUGUCCUUAUGUUUAUACUUCAAAAGAAAAUGAAUAUUGUUUAAAAAAUGUAAUUUAUAUUACGAUAUACACUUCCUAUAUAUCCCAGAAAAUUACUGUCUAUGCAAUAAUGCCAUAUGUAUGUUGUGAAAA